GUCGUGCUCGCGCACAAAGAGUUGUACACAGUUAAAAUGGCGUCGGGAGCCAUUUCAGCGGAGACUAAGAAGAUUACAGAUUUGCGCGUAGUAGACUUAAAAUCAGAACUCAAACGACGAAAUCUGGAUGUUACCGGGGUGAAAAAUACGCUUGUAGCCAGGCUGAAACAGGCUAUAGAAGAUGAAGGUGGAGAUCCAGACUACGUUGAGAUUGCUGAUACGCCCACAAGAAAAUCCACCAAAUCUAAAGGAAAGAAGACAGACCUGGAUGCUGAUGCCGCCAUGGAGGAGGAAUCCUUCUCUAAGGAGACUGAGGAAGAGGAAUCAGAGAAAGAUGUAACCGAUACUGAUGAUGCUACUCGUGAAAAUUCUAAAACCCUCUCCUGUGAAGAUGGCCCUGCAGAGCCUGAGGCUGAGGCAGGGGUGGAGCCUGAUCUUGAGGUUGAGGCAGAGGUGGAACCAGAGCCUGAGCCUGAACCAGAGGCUGAACCCGAACCAGAGCCCGAACAAGAACCUGAACCCGAGCCUGAACCUGAGCCACAAAUCGAGCCUGAUGCAGAGAUUGAGGCAGAGCUCGAAGUCCCUGCGAUGGAGGCCAUGGAAAGCGAACCUGCUCCUGAGCCUGUGAAAGAAGUUGAUGAUGACAAUAUAUCCGUCACCAUCCAGGCCGAAGACGCCAUCACACUGGAUGUGGAUGGCGACGACCUCCUGGAAACAGGUAAACAUGUGAAACUUCCAGAUUCUGAGGCAGACAAGGGCUGCGAAGAAGCCGAGGCCUCUGCUGAGAUGGGGCAGGAGACCGACUCGCUGGCCGAAGCCAAAGAUGGCCACAAAGAUGGUAAGCGAGAUGACGGGCCGAAGUCUGACGCCACCAAGAAGGACAACAGGGAGGCCUCGAAGAAAGGAGAAACGGGAGACAAGGAAAAGGAUUCUGGGAAGAAAGGCCCCUCUUCAACUGGGCCAACAGGUCAAGCAAAGAGCUCUUCAAAAGACAGAGAUGGAAAAACGACGAAGGAUGAUAAAGGUGGCAGUAGCAGUACCAGCUCUUCACGUAAUCUGUGGGUGAGUGGCCUGUCCUCCAACACCAAAGCAGCUGACCUAAAGAACCUCUUUGGCAAAUAUGGAAAGGUUUUUAGUGCCAAAGUGGUCACCAACGCUCGUAGCCCAGGAGCCAAGUGUUACGGUUUAGUCACCAUGUCAUCCAGUGCAGAAGUGACAAGAUGCAUCUCUCACUUGGAUCGCACAGAGCUCCACGGACAGCAGAUAUCUGUGGACAGGGUGAAAACUGACCCUUUCAAAAAGGACUUUUCGAAGAAAGAGGGGGAAGACAAGACGAGUUCCAGUAAAACAUCUGGAGAAAAGCGCACUCCGACUGGAUCAAAAACCUCUAGCAAGACUCAAGUUUCAUCUAAGAAGGAGGAGAAAAAAUCUGAUAAACCCUCUGAGAAGGACAGCAAAGAUGCAAAAAAGCCAGAUUCCAAGAGCAACAAAUCUGAUGGACCAUCUUCCAGCUCAGGAGCAGAUACAUCUAAGAAAGACGAAAAGAAGCAUGGACGAAAGAGUCCAGGCAAGAUGGUAGUGGAACAAACUAAAAGAGAGCAACCGUUCAAUAAAUCUCGACCUCCUUUCAGAAGGGGAGGGAGGUUUGAAAAGCCUGGCCCAUUCAAUACAAUGAACAGACGGCCCAGAUGGUUAAUACCACCUGAGGAGAUGGAGAUGAUAAGAAAGGGGAGGCCCAUGCCCAACAAAGGUGGCAACAAUGACAUCCUUCCGUUUGAGAAGAUAAAGGAGCAACGACUGCGGAUGGAACGAGCUCGCAGGGCUGUGGAGCUGCGCAGACGACGAGAGAUUGCAGAGAGGGAGCGUCGGGAAAGGGAGCGGAUCCGUAUUAUGCGUGAGCGGGAGGAGAGGGAAAAUCUGAUGAGAGAGCGGCAGAGGCUGGAAGUGGAAAGACAGAAACUUGAGCGUGAACGCAUGGAGAGAGAGAGAUUGGAACGGGAGAGGAUCCGCAUUGAGCAGGAGCGACGCAAGGAAGCGGAGCGCUUGGCUCGCGAACGUGAGGAGCUUAGACGGCAGCAGGAGCAGCUGCGUUUCGAACAGGAGAAACGAAACAACUUAAAGAGGGGGCGUGAUGUUGACCAGAGGAGGGAGGACCCUUACUGGAAUGGUGGUAAAAAGAUGCAUACCGACCCUGCCGGAAGGAUCGGUCAGGGUUCCGACUAUAACAGUCGACAACAAAACCGCUUUAACGACUUCAACCCCAGAGACCGAAAUCGGUACCCUCCGGCAUCAUCUGUGCAGUCUAACAACUUUGAUAGACGGAACCGUUUUGACAACGAACCCGAUUCAAAAAAGAGUCGUCCCGCUCCGCGUCGGGAAGGAUCUGGGUUUGAGCGUUUCCCUAAAAACUUUGAAACUGUGAGAAGACCGGAACCACCACCUCCCCGCGCAGAGCUCAGGGACAGUGAUCGGCGAGAAAUUCGUGACCGUGAUGAACGCAGGCCAGCGACCAUGCCUGAUCGAACGGCGGGAGGCAGAGCGCCACCUCCACCUAUCGCUCACACCCGAUCCCCCAGAGAUGCCGGCCAUGCUAACUGGAAACCUGAUGGGGGAAUGAAUUCAAAACAAGAUGUCGUCAGGGGACCAGCUCGAAUGCGCCCAGAUCGUCCAGGUAGAGAUGGGCCUGGCCCUGCUAUGAGGGGAGCUUCUACAGCCAACCGUGGUAGGACCAGUUUCAACAGCCGAGAUGGAGGCAGACCUGUUGUUAUAGGAGAACAGCCGCACUUUGGCAGUGGCAGACAGGUGGUGGUGGAAAGGCACGGACGUGAUUCAGGUCCCAGGAAAGACUGGCACGGAGCAGCAGGACCACAGGGUGCAGGAUUCCCAGAUAACCGGAGAAUGGGAGAGAGUCGGCCAGGGAUGAUGGCGCCACACUCCAGCCAUUCCUCCACUGGAAUCAACAGAAUUGUACAGAUCACUAAUGUUCCCAUGACUGGUGGCACUGGAGGCUUUAAACCGUUUAAAGGGAGAUUCUAGCAUCUAACUAUUUCCAACAAUUUUUUAAUUUUAUUUUGAACUUUGUUUUUAAUUGGUUAAACUGCAGUCUUGAGAUUUAUUAUUAUUAUUAUAAAGAAUCAGUUUGGUUGAUGAUUUGUUUUUCUUUGUAAAGAGUUUUGCUAGCCUACAUGUAGGUUUUCGUUUCCUGAACUGUUCUUUGGUGACCUGUAAACAACCUUUGUGCACAUACAUGUAAUCCUAAAAUAGUGUAGGUGCAACCUGUGCAGAGUAUUUCUCUAUGUUUAGAUAAUGUAUAAAAACCUGUCUCUUCUGCUUUUAGCACUGCGUGUGCCACUGGACCCAUCAUUAAUUCCAUAUGCAUUUCAAUACGUGAUAUUUUUUGAUGAUAUUGAUAUUAAAUUAUGUGGAUUAUGA